GGGCAGGUGAGGGCGAGUCCCGGCCGCGAACCGCUCUCUCCGCUUCCCGGGCUGAACUGCCCGGCCCGGCCUCCCACCGCCUCCCUUCUGCACGAAGCGAACCCCGUUGUCGACAGGAACAGCACCCUCCCUCCUACUUCCAGGAGGCAAGGGUUCAAUCACCAUUCAGAAUCUGAAGUGGAGGAAUCUGAGGACCACACACCUGUAGUUGAAUCCCCACCAUCACUGGAUGACUUACUUGGCGUGGAAGCACCAGCGUCUGCAGCCCAGCCAUCUGUAGUGGAAUUGCCAGUAUCUGCAGCCCAGCUGGCUGCCAAGAAGCCACCACGUUCUGAGCACCAUUUCCUGCUCAUUGUAUAGUCUGCAUCCAGGGAAAACUCACCUGAGAUCAGAUCACCUGUGGGUGAACUUCCAGGUUUCAAAGUCAAGAUGCACACCUCUGAAUCCACACAGGACGGAUCCAGUAACACCGUUGAGGCUGUGUUGUCAGCAGCAGAGAUUACAUUUGAAUCAUUGGAGAAUCCAGAGGAUUUUGGAGACCCCUAUCAAGUUGCCAUGAAUUAUGUGGAGGAACAUAAAAUUCUACAGAUAUUUCAGGAUAUCACAGAAAAACUGCUGAUCCAUAAGCCUGAUGACCCCUUGGAGUUCAUAUUGCUGGAGGUGCAGUCUAUGAUAAAUGCCAGGCAAGCAGAACCAGAGAAACUAUCGGAAUAGAACGAAGAUGCAUAGAUGUUUCUAGAAGAGGGCUUGUGCACUCCUUUUGGCCCCCAUUGACCUUGCUGUUGUGGUAUUGCCACACCAUGCCUUCACAGCACCAUGUAGUCCUUAGCAAUAACUUGGAAAAGAUCUGCUGUCUGUC